AUGGUUAAACAACAGAGACGUUCUAACGACGAAACGUUAUUCCAAGACCUUUUGAGGAUACACUUGAAGAAUGUAUAUGCUACUCUCACCCUUGCUACCAUAGCAGCCUCUGUUGGUGGCUAUGCCCACAUGUUCAGCACAUUUAUUAGUUCUGGAUUGAUGACUUUUCUGAGUGCCAUUUGGGUAUUAAUAUUACUCGUAUUUACACCUUAUGAUGGCAAAAACCAGCUGCAGAGACUUUCUCUCCUUGGUAUCUUUGCCUUCUUGACUGGCUGUAACCUUGGCCCAUUUUUGAAUCUGGCUGUGACUAUCAACCCUGCAUUGGUUUUGCAAGCUCUGCUCGGCGCAAGUGUGAUAUUUGCUUGCUUCUCCCUAUCAGCUCUCUAUGCUCCUGAUGGUCAUUACCUCUAUCUUAGAGGUACACUGAUGUCGGCAAAUUUGUACAUUGGUCUAGCAGUCAUGUGUGGCUUUAUAGUCUAUGACACUCAGUUCAUUGUUGAGAGAGCACGCCGAGGAGAUAUGGACUAUGUGAUGCACAGUUUGAAUCUAUUCGUUGACUUUGUUGGAGUAUUUUGGCGCCUUCUCAUGAUCCUUACAAAUAAGGCAAGAGGUUUCCUUACUAGAAAUGAAUCUAGCGACUAUCAAUCUACAAAAACGGAAAAUCCGGAAAUUAGAUAUUUUACAAGUGCUUGGGAUUAUGAUACGUCUGACGACAUUGUAUUCAAGAAAAUGGAAGUGAAGAAAAGAUCUAAUAAAUUUGGUAAAUUCCAUAAACUGGUUAAAUUUGCACUGCACAUUCAGUGA